AUGGCUACUGUCUCGGAUGCUGCGACUGCCGGGAGAAUGUUCAAUUCCACAGUCAAUGUUGUCAACGGAUACUCGGAGACAGAGCUAACUACGCAAUCUUCGAACUCGUUUUCCUCCGAUAUCUACAAUGCUAGCUCCGUCGCCGAGAUUAAGGCCACCUUGACCCAACUGCACGAGCAGGAGGCGGCAGUUACAGCUCGCCUAGAUGCCCUCGUCGCCUCACAGAAGGAUUUCUCGCGUGAAUUAGGUCGAUUGGACCUUCUCCGCGCCCACCUUGGCUCCCAAACAAGCACCACACGAGCGAUCAGCAAUGGCAUGCUCGUGGGGGCCGCCGCAACCGCAGACCGCAUCUCCAGUGCUGUUCGACGUUUAGAUCUAGAACAGUCAAGGGUGAAAAAGACCUUGGAGGUUGUCGAACAAGUGUCGGAAUUGAAAGCAUGCGUACUAGGUGUUGCCGGCUCCAUGGGGGCCCCUCAGGACUGGGAGAGGGCAGCUAGCUAUCUGGACCGGGCAGCCAAAGUGCCCCCAGAAGUGGUUCAGGGCGCCUUUGCGGCAGAAAUGGUUCCUACGGCGGAGGUUCCGGACCCGCCGAGCGUGACGCUAGACAAUGCGGCUGAGUCGUUGUGCGGGCUGUUUCUGCGCGAGUUUGAUAAGGCCGUUAAAGAGAGCAAUGGAGCUAAGAUUACGCGAUUCUUCAAACUGUUUCCGUUGAUCGGGCGCUCCGAGGUCGGGCUGGAUGUCUACGGGCGAUAUGUCUGUCAAGGCGUGGCAGCAAAAGCGCGGUCGAACCUAAAUACGGGAACUGGGCAACAGGACGGUUUUUUCUACGCCAACACGCUCACUAAGCUGUUUGAGCAUAUCGCGCAGAUUAUCGACGGUCAUGGAGGGCUUGUUGAGCGCCACUACGGCCCUCGAAAAAUGAAUAGGGUGAUUGAGCGCCUGCAGCUAGAGGCAGAUGUCCAAGGCGGGAUUGUCGUCGACACAUGGAGCGACGAGCGGCAUAUCGACCGCAAACUGAUGGAUAUCAAGUCAUACGCCUUUACCUUUCUGGUUCAGAGCUUCCUUCCUCCACAGCGCACCGCAACGCCACAUGCGAAUUCCCCGGCCACUCAACAGAGCGCGGCGGAGGACGAAGGGGUAGACAUGAAAGAGAUAGAUGGGUUAUUGAAUGAGAUGACCGUCAUGCUAAGUCGAUGGUCACUUUACACCCGCUUCCUAGCAGAGACAUGCAAUGCCAACGAGGAGCAAAAGUUUGAACUGCCCCAGUUCCUCAAGGAAUCCGCGCUUUCCAAGAAGAUCGAGGACCGGGUUAUAUCCCCGUUUAAUACCAUGACAACCUUCUUCUUCCGACGGUCGGUUGAGAAAGCGUUCCAGCUAGAUGAGCAGCCGACGGGCUUGACUUUGAACCUCCAGCGGCCAUUGAAAGCAGAUCCACCACACAUAACGUCCGCAGUUGACGAUAUUAUGUAUAUCGUAAACAAGGUCCUGCAGCAAUCCCUCUCAACUUCACAAAUUGCUGUCGUCACCAGCGUCGUCCCUACCUUAUCGCGUGUGCUCGGUUCCGACUUUAUUGGGAUGACUCAACGCAAGAUGCGCGACGAAUGCUAUCCACGAGCCCCCCACCAGGGCGCCUCUCCACCAGAGCAUAUCGUCAUCUCCUUCCUAGUCCUGAUAAAUAACCUCGAUGUCGCAGUGGACUAUAUCCGGCGCAUUGUCCAAAACAUUACCGAGACCAAGAAAACAAUCACCAACCCAGACGGGCAGGUCGAAGAAACUGGCCAACUACACACGCUCUUCCCAUCCCCAGCAGAUGCAACCCUCGUAUCUCAGACCCUCACCUCGCUCCUUACCAGCUUUGAAGCGAAAGUUACCGACCUUCUCGCAGACGGCAUACAAGUCGUUUUCAACAACAUCAUCAAACACCGCCUCCGCCCCAUCCUCUCCGACGCUUUCCGCGACAUCGAAUACCAACCUGCCUCUGACUCCACCCCGCUAACAACUUACCACUCUGACCUAGACUCCUACUCUGAUACUGACUCGAUCCCACAUGACAAUGACCCCGAAUCGCCCCGCGAAAUCGUCCGGCCCCGUUUCAGCGCCGCCUGGACUGAGCUGCUAGGUCCCAUCUUGCGCAUCCUCAACCCCGCCGCGUUCGAUCGCCUCUUAACAGUAACAACUGCCUAUCUAGCCCGGCUCUUGGAAAAGCGCCUAUGGGCCUACCACGGCCGCAUCAAUGCCCUCGGCGCAACGCGUCUGGAGCGCGACGUUGCGGGCAUCGUUAGCGCCGCUGUCAGUGUUGAUGUCCCUGGUUCUGCGGGGGUAAGCGUUUCCGGGAGGUACAGGCACCGCGAGACCUUUGGGCGGUGUCUCCAAAUGGUUCUUGUUAUGGGGAUGGAUGAGGAUGAGUGGGAUGAUGUGUUGCGUGGUGGGGAGACGGCCGAUGUGCUUGAUAAAUUGAGCGGGGACGAGAGGAGAAGGGUCAGGGGGAUGGUCAGGCGGUAG